UCUCGAGACUUGCGACUGCCGGUCACUUCGAAUAGAACACUACGCGACGCCACUCCUGUCCCAUCAUGGCUUCAUGUCGUGGUUAUUGCUUGCUCAUUUUUCUGGUGACACCGCUGCUUGGCUCGAGCCAGCUACAGCUAAACGCCGGCUGCAAGGUGGAAACCUUGCACGCGUGUGGAGAAGACUACAUUCCCUUUACCAAAGGCCCCCACCUGCACGAGUCCGGGAAGGAGCUCGAAGACGGAUGCAAGAGGGACAAGGUGCAAAUCCUGUGCGCGCUGAACUUCAUCAAUGACUGCACGGAGGGCCUAUCCCGUGCCACGGCACUCGUAGCAGUGAAGGCGCUGGAAGAGAACAUCGAGGCUAUCUGCAACGUGGGCUCAGAUCCAUACAAAAAGUACCAGAGAGACAUCAAAUGCCUGAAUGCUCAUGGUGAAAAAAUCCACAAGUGCAUCAAGGGUUUCCACAAUUUUCUGGAACGGGUCAUUGUCAAGGGUCCAGCCGAGGAAGUUAUUCACUACACGUGCUGCUCGUACCAAGACACGCUGGACUGCAUAGGCGACGCCCUGGCGUCAUGCGAGACCGUCGGCUCCAAGGAUUUCAUGAUCGGAGUCAUCGAGCAGAUGUUCGGCGAAACGCUGAACCUGGUCUGCGGCAGGUACACGAAGGGUUCGGAAGGCUGCAGGACCCUACCGCAGCUGCCAGAGCUUGGUGCCAAGGAUCGACGGAUCGGCAACCUGGUCGAGCUCCUCUUGGAAGCAGCUGGCAGCAUUGGACGCAAAAGCUAGCCCCUUACACAACAUGCUUCGUCCCCGUCUGAUGUUUGGUGGGUGGCGGGAAGAACGCAGACUUUCAGAUUGUACAUCAAUGGAAGUGAUAGGCCAGCAUAUGUGCACACUUUCCCCCGAAUCACCGGAAAUUGCAAAGCAAAAACCUGCAGCGGUUUUUAGACCCUGCUAGAUACCCUUUAAAAUAAACGAUCAUACACGUCGA